UGGAAGGGGAGGCGGGCUUUAUUUUUUGGCUCGCCUGCGGCUCCCAGCGGUGUCGCGGCUGCCGGCGCCCUCCCGUCUCUGUGCCUUCCCCAACCCGGAGGACUUUUCCUUUUGCGCUCUGAUUCCAGCACCUGCUCCACGACUAAGUCAUUCUCCCUGCCGGGUGUUUUUUGAUCUCUUGAGCGCUGAUUCAAAGGUCAGCUCCAAGGUUCCGAACUGGGGCCCGGGAUGUGAGGGGUUUCAGAGCCUAAAUUCCCUAGUCUGUAGCCCCGGCCCCGAAUCCCACCCGAGCGGGGCCUUCAUUUUCCCAGAACUGACUCGCGAGUUUCCAAACCUCGUUCCGGAUAAUACAGUAACUCUUAACUACCCUCCCCCCACCUUGAGCCUUGCAGCCCAACCCCACACCAAGAUCUAGUUGCGGAUAAAGGACCCGCCCUGUUAACUUCUUAGAUCCCCUGAUGAUUUGAGUCCAAAUGUCAGUCCUGGUUCUUUUGAGUCCCACCGCUCAGCAGCCAAGUUCUGGAACUUCGCUCUAAAACCCUCAGAACGUCCAUCCCAGCGACAAACCUAUUUUAGAAGAUCCAACCGUCUCCCAUUCUUGACCUCCCAGCACUUGCAUGCUGUAGACCCCCAAAAUGAUUUCUCCGUGCUCUCCUCCUGAAGAGCCCCCAGCCGCUCCUCAGAGCCCUGUUCCCCAAGCCCCCAUCACUCCACUUCCUCCUCCACCCCCGGCAAGUCUCCAGGCCCCUAUCCCACCCCCUCCUCUGCCACCUCCACCCCCUGUCAGGGGGCUGGCUCCCCCUCAUGUCUUUGGCCUGGAGAAGAGCCAGCUCCUGAAGGAAGCCUUAGAGAAAGCUGGCCCAGUCCCCAGCAGCAGAGAUGACGUCAAGAGGCUCCUGAAGCUGCACAAGGACCGUUUCAGAAGUGACUUGCAAUGGAUCCUCUUCUGUGCCGACCUGCCCUCCCUCAUCCAGGAAGGCCCUCAGUGCGGGCUGGUGGCUCUAUGGAUGGCAGGCACGCUCCUGGCACCACCCAGUGGCGUCCCGCUGGAGAAACUUGUGCAGGUGGCCAUGGAGAGAGGCUACACGGCCCAGGGAGAGAUGUUCUCCGUGGCCGACAUGGGCAAGCUGGCCCAGGAGGCAUUGGGCUGCCAGGUUGAGCAUCUUUGUGGUGGCCUGGGCGGUCCCAACAGAGCCCGUGUCCUGCAGCACCUUGUCUCCGGACAUCCCUUGCUCAUCCCCUACGACGAGGACUUCAACCACGAGCCAUGUCAGAGGAAGGGUCACAAGGCCCACUGGGCAGUGAGCACAGGGCUUCUGCUGGGUGUGCAGGCUGUGCCAAGCCCUGGCUAUGCUGAGGACCCCGAACUGCCAGGUCUGUUCCACCCGGCGCCCAGCACCCUCCACCAGCCACCGUCCCUGCCAGAGGAUGGGUCCCCUGGAGCCGUCUACCUUCUCUCCAAGCAAGGCAAGAGUUGGCAUUACCAACUGUGGGACUACGACCAGGUCCGGGACAGCAACCUGCAGCUGACGGACUUCUCGCCCUCAAGGGCCACCGACGGCAGGGCGUAUGUAGUGCCUGCGGGUGGGGUGCAGGCCGGCCUUUGUGGUCAGGCCCUGCUCCUCACACCACAGGACUUCAGCCGCUAGCCUGCUGCAGCCCUGAGCGGGGGUGACAGGGCCCCGGCCACAACUUGGCUCUUUCACCUUUUGAACAAUGCACCAUUUUCUCCCUUUCUGACGGCCCAUGGGUGUGGACUGUUCUGGGGAACCUCCAGCCAGAGAUUCUCCAUGUGGAGGCCCCCUCCCACCCCAGUCCAUCCAGUCCGAUCCCCUUCCAACAUGCCCGCCCCCCAGUAUUGGGCUCUUGCUCUGUGGCUGGGGUUAAAGCCAGGAGCCAGCGAGACAAGCUCCCUCUCUAGGGAGGGAACUGACCACAGCUCAGCCUGCAGGUCCCGCCUGCCCCACCUGAGUGUUGCAUCCAGCCAUUUCCCACUGGUGACCACCAUCUUCUACAGCACACUCCUCUCUGGACCCCUUUCUACCCCCAUGUCUGUUUCCAUGGAGCCUAGGGAGCCUUGCCUUUCAAAAUGCAAACCAGAUCUUAACCACUCCUCUCCAGAGAAGCUUCCAGCAGGUCCUUGUCCACAGGACAGGGAUUAAACUCUCCCAGCUCCAGCUCACCGGGAUUUCUGCCACGAGCCAUACUAGCCCUUCAAGUCCCUAAAGUGUCAUAUUCCCCCGCACCCAGUCCUCUGCUAAGGAUAACUCCUUACUUUUCUGUUUGGCUCAUCUUCCUCAGGGAAGACUCCCCAGCCCCAGGCACAGCUGCUUCCCAACCUCUCUGUGUUCUGAUUUAGAAACCCACAGUAAGUGCCUCUGAGAGCAGGUCUAUGUGCCAACCCCAUUUGCCUGUUUUAACUCCUCAAAUUCUCCAGCCAGGUAAUAAGGAAGGUACUAGACCUUCCAUUUUAGAGAUGGAGAGACCAAGGCCUGGAGAAGUGCACUCACUGGCCUAAGGUCACAGAGCUGGCCAGUGGCAGGCCAGGACUCAAACCCAGCAGUUAGUACCUAUGCAGACAUGAAGAGGUUAUUAAUUGAAUAAAUACCUGUCACUUCCACUGUGAAAGGGGAGGAACAGGUCUGUCUUGGUCACUUGUGUACCCAGUGCCCAGCGAAGGGUCUGAUUUGGAGAUGCUGUACCGUGUGGUGUUUCUCCCCUAAAGAGUGUGCGUGCACGCGCGCGCGCGCACACGCGCACACACACACACACACACCCACCCCAGGCACCUGUGCGCCAAAGCAUCCCAGCCCUGGCACCUGGUUGGCAGUGUCUGGUGCACCGUCCUGGGAGCCUCUGAGGGCACAGCUUGGAACUACCUUGGUCAGUAGUAUGUUCCCCAUGUUGUCCAACAGAGCCAGGCACAAGAGCAGCAGCUCGGUGAAUGCUGAAUGGUGAAUGCUGAUGGCAGACUGUUCCUGCCUCUAUAUCCCAAACUAGUCAUUAUCACAUGACCCCACCCAGCACUAAUGGCGAGUUUUGAAAAAAAUCCACAAAGUUGACUUUGAA